AUGAACAGCCAUGCACUCGUUUCGGUGGACUACUACAACUGGUUCUUCAAUGGGAAACCUUCACCUCUGUAUUUUGGCAUAGGGACUCUUCCUGUCGAUUUCCCUCAGAAUCUGCCGUUCUAUCAUGCUGUACCAGCUGUGGCCCUGCUGAAGGCCGAGCAGACAGACGAUCUUGGAGGUCUGUUGCUUGAGUAUAUUACCCUGUUUGAAGUUGCGCAAUAUGGCCCAGUGCUUCCCCUAAAUUCACAAGAGGUCAAACAACUCAUUCAAGUUCAUGCACGCAGGUCCAUGAGCUUCAAAAGCGAGUGGAUCAUCUCUAGGCGUGAUUUGGUUGCUAUUAUGGUGCCGGAUGAACCGGUUUGGGAACCUCUCGGAUUAGCCAGGCGCAAAGAACUGCUCAAGAACGCCAUAGGCAAUGUUGCCCCAUAUUGGCUCACAUUGUGCUCGUAUCCGGAUGCUAUUGUGGAUACUGUCAAUCGGAAAUGGGAUUUUGAAACUGACACGCCAAAGUCCAGAGAAAAAUAA